GGAAUGACCACGUGUGACACUUGAAUAUUCAUCGUCAUCCGACAAGAAGAAAGAGACGCCCCAUAUCCAAUGCUUUCACUCUCACUCACUCAACACCAUCAUCUUCAUUAAAAGCUAAAUCCUCCAUUUUUCAUUUCCCUUCAUCCACUUUCUUUUCCAUGGCCACUCUCUUUAACUUCCACACCACCCUUCGCCCCUCUUCUUAUCUUCCCUCACCACCCUCACCCCAUUUCUCAAAGGCACUUUCCACAACCUUCUUGGGCCCCACCAAGAGCCUCAGAUAUGUCAUCACUCCCACGAGCAACCGUGCCCGUUCAUCACUCUACGUUCGCAUGUCAUGGGACGGUCCUCUCUCUUCCGUCAAAUUGAUCAUUCAGGGUAAAAAUCUCGAGCUCACUGAUGCAGUGAAGCAGCACGUGGAAGACAAGGUGGGGAAAGCGGUUCGGAAGAACAGUCACCUAGUGAGGGAGGUUGAUGUGAGGCUUUCUAUUCGAGGAGGAGGUGAAUUUGGGCGAGGACCCAGAACACGUAGGUGUGAGGUGACUUUGUUCACCAAAAGGCAUGGAGUGGUGCGGGCCGAGGAGGAUGCAGAAAGCACCUAUGGAAGUAUUGAUUUGGUGUCAUCAAUCAUUCAGAGAAAGUUGAGGAAAAUCAAGGAAAAGGAGUCAGAUCAUGGUCGCCACAUGAAGGGGUUCAAUAGGUUGAAGGUUAGGGAGCCGGUGGAGCAAUUACCUGUGGAAGAGGAUGAAAUAUUAUCCCCACAGGAGGAGGAUGAAUCAAUUGACGAGGUUGUCCGCACAAAAUACUUUGACAUGCCACCAUUGACCGUGUCUGAAGCAAUUGAGCAGCUCGAAAAUGUUGAUCAUGACUUUUAUGGUUUUCGAAAUGAAGAAACUGGGGAAAUUAAUAUUGUGUACAAAAGAAAAGAAGGAGGAUAUGGGCUCAUUAUACCCAAAGGAGAUGGUGAAGCAGAGAAAUUGGAGCCUUUAGUGGUUGAACCAGCUAAAGAACCCUCCCUGAAAGAAUGAUAGGCACCUACAAGAAACUCUUUUUGUAAGAACACAAGAGCUUGUACAUGAUUAGCGGAUACUAAUGGUGGUUUCUUGGAGCCAGAAGUGCAUAGAAAUUUCAAUGGAGGCUCUGACAUUUUAAAGUGCAAACGAAGUUUUAACUUUUAAAGUAUGAUGUACGCUUGGAUGUCUAGCGAUUAUAAAAUGAAUGUGAUGCACCAUUUUAUAUGCGCUUUAUAUAAUGUCUAUUUGUCCAGAAUACACCUUUUAUCUAACAAUGCCACACUAGUUUUCAUCA